GGGCGGGGUCCGGACCGUGAAUGGGGGCAACAUGCCGCCUCCCCGCCUCUCGCGCGCGGGUCUGUGGCUGAGUCGGGCCAUGAGCCGGUGUGUUUUGGAACCCCGGCCCCCGGGGAAGCGGUGGCUGGUGGCCGGCCUGGGGAACCCUGGAUUGCCCGGCACGCGGCACAGCGUGGGCAUGGCGGUGCUCGGGCAGCUGGCGCGGCGGCUGGGUGUGGCAGAGAGCUGGGCACGCGACGCGCGCUGUGCCGCCGACCUCGCCUUGGCCUCGCUUGGGGAUGCCCAGGUGGUCCUGCUCCGGCCGCGGCGACUCAUGAACAACAACGGGCGCAGCGUGGCUCGGGCAGGGGAGCCUUCAGUGGGGACAGCCCAUCUGGGCGGAUCAGCAGUAACCAGGCCCUCUCUUCCCCUGUGCCAAGCGGAGCUGUUUGGGCUGACUGCUGAGGAGGUCUACCUGGUGCACGAUGAGCUGGACAAGCCACUGGGGAAACUGGCUCUGAAGUUGGGAGGAAGCGCCAGGGGCCACAAUGGAGUACGUUCCUGUAUUAGCUGCCUCAACUCCAAUGCCAUGCCACGGCUGCGGGUGGGCAUCGGGCGCCCGACACACCCAGACACAGUUCAGGCCUACGUGCUGGGCCGCUUCUCCCUCGCCGAGCAGGAGCUGCUGCCUCCAUUGCUGGAGCGUGCCACCGACCUGCUCCUGGACCACAUCCGUGAGCGAAGCCAGGGGCCUACAUUGGGCCCCUGAUGCCAGGGGACCCGGCUGUCUGCCUGACUGUUGUGCCCACAUACCCAGCCACGUCCAGAGAGGUGCCACACCAACCUGUGGUAUCUGUUUUUUAUGUUACACUCCUCGGGGCUGCCCCAGGCUGCCUGUGGACUAAAGGGGAGACUGGCUGCAACAGUCCUUUUCUGGGAUAGGACAUUGGUCUUCUUACCAUGUCCUACUUAGAAAGUAGUGAAAUUCCAGGAAGACUGAACUUUUUGAACUUUUUUGCAGAACCAGAGGUAUGGAUCUGUAAGAAUAAAGAUGCCAGCCUGGAAGCCGA